CUUGCCAGAUUAUAUGAAAUACGCAAAGAUUGGGUACCUGCAUUUUUCAAAGGAGAUUAUUGUGGUCUUAUGGUCUCUACACAACGAAGCGAGAGCAUGAACAAGUUGGUGAAGAGUGCCCACGUGGAUGCAAACACACCGCUUCAUCAAUUUGCAAAGCAAAUGAUGAAGCUCCUGCAUAGUAGGAAGAUGAAAGAGGCCAAAGAGGCACUAGGAUGCAUGGGUCAAAAGGAUACAACUACAUUGUAUAUGUUUGAAAUAAGAGUUGCAAGGGCAUACACUAGAGCUGUGAUGACAAGGUUUCAGGAGACAGUAAAAUAUGCAACUGCAUACCGAAUAGACCGUGAUACAGAGGGUGAGGAACAUGAUUGGGUGGUGAAACAUACUACAAGAUCAAAUAAAAUUGUUUGGGGUCAACACCAAUUCAAGAUAAGGGCUGAUGUGGAUGCCGGAAAGUAUUCAUGUGAGUGCAAGCAUUGGGAGCAUACAGGUCUAUUUUGUGUUCAUCUUGUACGCGCUUUCAUGCAUCUACAAAUUGAAAGGAUCCCAAGUGAGUAUAUUUUGCAAUGA